UGGUCUACCACUAUACCAUUCUGUAAUCUUCUACUACUACUGCUGCCUCCUCCUGACAAGGUCAUUGAUAUCCUACUUUGCCCGCCCACCCCCGGGAGACCCAUCGAUUCCGAAAAAUCACUGCUAGUGUCCUAUUCAAACUUGGCGCAUGUCUAUCAUUCAGGCCCAUAUGUCACUGUCCUUAUCACUCGCUCUUUUUUCACUUCUCUUUUUCCAAAUACCGACCACUGAUGCAAAAAGCAUCACCGUGUCAGUAAAGGAAUACACAGGAAUCAGAAGAAAUGAAAUUCGUGGAGUCGAAAAUCAAUUCUAUUACUUCCAGUUUUGCACAUGUCCAUCAACAUUUACUGAAAGAAACUUUAAAGUCAGCGAAUGUGUUUGCUCAGACGCUCAAAAAGGAAAAAAACUAGAUGAUUCUAUUCCACAAGCGAAAUUCUUCUCUUCCUCAAGAAACUGUGGCACCGGUUUUUGUAUCAACGCAAAAAUAGACAAUGAACAAGGUGAGAAAUUGUUUGUCAAAGUGUUCAUUGGUUCCACUGUUCUCACCUACCCGGAUUAUCAAGUGCUUCCGGCCAGGUCAACAAAGAGUGUUGCCAUUCUGAAAACUAAUAAAAGCUCGAAAAUAAGAUUGACAUACUCGACUGAAACGGAUGAUGAUGGAACGUCAAAGACUGCGAUAGAAAAGACACACUGGAGUAACACUAUUCUUCGAGAUUCUCGUGGAGGUGCCUUGGACUUUUUCAGCCGACUAACGAACCAAAAGAAAUACGACUUAAAAUCGGCUUCCGUACCUCUGGACACUGAUGUUAAACGAUUAAGCAAUAUUGGUGCAAUUAAAUCUUACCUAUUCUCGAAGAGCAAAGUAGACAAACAAGAUCCAGCUCGAUAUGAUAUUCCAAAGCUCAAGGAAUGGCUCGUCUCGUAUCACAAUGUUUACAGAUCAAAGCAUGGUGCUCCAGCAUUGAUUUCUGAUUCUGUAUUAGAUAGCCGUGGAAAGCGGUGGGCCGAUGAACUGGCUUAUCACAAAGGAUGUCUGGUUCAUGAACAACCAAGAACAUACGGUGAGAACCUGUUCUUUUUCGGUGCUCGUCAUCUACCUUCUCCUCAAACUCUCGCUGCUGCAGUUAUUCAAAGUUUUUAUUUGGAAGGAAUUGGAUACAACUAUUCAAGCUGGAGGCCAAUGUCUUUCUUUAAAACUGGUCACUUCACUCAACUUAUUUGGAAAAAUUCUCGUAAAAUUGGAGUUGGCGUCUCAAUAGUCAAAUCCAGUUCAAUUCGCUCCCCAUGUGUCAGCUCUUCUCCAAAUAUGUACUUUAUCUAUGUUGUCGUCAAAUAUGAUCCGGCUGGAAAUUUCGAAUCUCACAAGGCAUAUUUGAAUAAUGUCGAACGACCUGUUGCAUAAUUGAAUUGCUGAAUUUGUUUCACUGCUGCACUUCCCAACGACGUGAUGUAUAUGUUAAUAGAGUCAUAUCGCCGAUUAUUGUAUAUUUCACUUACCAAUUGAUCUCUUGUUCUGUAUUCAUGAAAUGAUUGUUUUGCUAAGAAUUUGAAACUA